GUGGGGGCGGGUAAGGGCGGGGAGGCUGGGGUGUGGAAAGUGUGGCGGCCCCGCCCCGUCUCUUGGAACUGCCGCGGCCGCCACCGCCGCCGCCGGCGCCGCAGCUGUAGGGGACCAGCGCGGGUACGCAGACGAAAGGCACUCUUUGCCAGCUGAAAGUUCCCACGGAAAAACUACCAUCUCCCCAGCCCACCAUGGCGGACGAAAUUGAUUUCACUACUGGAGAUGCCGGGGCUUCCAGCACUUACCCUAUGCAGUGUUCGGCCUUGCGCAAAAACGGCUUCGUGGUGCUCAAAGGACGACCAUGCAAAAUAGUGGAAAUGUCAACUUCCAAAACUGGAAAGCAUGGGCAUGCCAAGGUUCACCUUGUUGGAAUUGAUAUUUUCACGGGCAAAAAAUAUGAAGAUAUUUGUCCUUCUACUCACAACAUGGAUGUUCCAAAUAUUAAGAGAAAUGAUUAUCAACUGAUAUGCAUUCAAGAUGGUUACCUUUCCCUGCUGACAGAAACUGGUGAAGUUCGUGAGGAUCUUAAACUGCCAGAAGGUGAACUAGGCAAAGAAAUAGAAGGAAAAUACAAUGCAGGUGAAGAUGUACAGGUGUCUGUCAUGUGUGCAAUGAGUGAAGAAUAUGCUGUAGCCAUAAAACCCUGCAAAUAAAUGGAAACAUCAGGCAUGAACACUGUUUAGGUCUGAAUCAACUGCAGAUCUAAUUUGGUUCUAAGUUGUCACCAAAGCUAUAGCCUUCAUAAGCAACCUCAUUUCUUUUUUUAAUUGUUUUCAGAAUGUGCUGGGUUAGUUUUGCAAGCAAUUGAUAAUUUUUAAAAAUUAUCAAUAUGUAUAAUUUUUUUUUAAUUUUGUAGGUAUGUUUCCUAUAAUAUUCCUGUGGUUUUCAGUAUGUCAGUUCAAGAAACAAACAAGAUAGCUUCAGCAGAUGUGAUGUCUGAGCAAAUCAUUCCUGUGUUUUAGUUAAAUGAUAAACCAGGGUUUUAAAUCAAACAAUGUAGCAUAAAGUGGUAUUGAAGUACCACAUUUAAGUUGAACUACUCUGCAUUAAUUACGGAUUUAAUAUUAAAUGAACUGAUUAUGUACUGGAAUUGUUGCAGUUUCAGCCUGUGUAGGGCAAACACAAAUCCUUAAACAAAAAUCAUGUUAUCCAAAAGUGGCAGUUAUUUUGGCGGCCACAUGCAACCACGUAAUUACUUUGGUCAUACUAUUUAUCAAAUUGUUGGCAAACUUGAUGUAACCUUAGAUGGUGGGUUUAGUCCCUUCUUAUGGUUGGCAGAAGGGCACUGAACUGUUGGGUGAAAGUUAGCAAGUAAGAUUAUAAGGAAGACACAAAAGACAAUGGCAGAGAGGGUUCAUUAAAUCUAUACAUUUUUAUGUGAGGACUUUGUAAGUCAGUAUAAAAAUGAAAAGUUGCUUUUCAGUUGUUUUUGCUUUUAACUUUGCCCCCAGCAUAUAAAGGGAGUGAUCUGCUUUACAGGAUACUAUGCAAUGCUUGUUUUCCAACCAUGUUGAAUAAAUACUACUAUUUAUCAGUAAAUACUCCUUUCCAACUUUUUCUUUUCUUUUUUUUUUUUUUUCCUGAAACUGAGUCUCACUCUAUCUGCCAGGCUGCAGUGCAGUGGUGCCAUCUCGGCUCACUGUAACCUCUGCCUCCUGGGUUCCAGUAAUUCUCCUGCCUCAGCCUCCCAAGUAGCUGGGACUACAGGUGUGCACUACCACACCCAGCUAAAUUUUUUUGUAUUUUUUUAGUAGAGACGGGGUUUUCACCAUAUUGUCUAGGCUGGUCUUGAACUCCUGACCUCAGGUGAUCCGCCUGCCUCAGCCUCCCAAAGUGCUGGGAUUACAAGCAUGAGCCACCACACCUGGCCCGUUUCCAACCAUUUUUAAGUAGAUUUUUUGACAUUAAUGUAUUUAUUAAACAAAAACUGAGAAUUCCUUAAAUUGAUUUGGAAUUUUUGUUAAUUUUAUGUCCUUUUUGUUCUAAAGUGAAUUGAAAGUGAAUCAUGGAAGCAACAUUACUUUAUAUGAAUAUUAUUAUUUAACUUAUUUUAAGUAUAUGCAUUUUUUUCUGAUUGUUGUGUGACUUAAUUCAGUUGCUGGUGUGAAAUAUAAGUAAUAAAUAAUUCUAUAAACUGAAUUAUUUUAAAAGAUAUUUUAGGUGACACCACUGCAUUUCUAUUUAAUCUUUUGAGUCAUAUGUAUAUUAUUUCCAGAAUUUUAGACAUUAUCACAGGGUUUGUGAGGACCUUUGACUCAGUAACAAUCAUCAUAUUGGAGCAAAACACAGAACAAAAUCACUAUCUCAGAAAUACCUUAAUUCUCCAAGACUGGCUCUUAGACUUCUCCCAUCAUGCCUUGACCUCUAAAAAGUGCUUUGUUCCUAUCUUCUGAAGGAAAGUAUAUCAUAUAUGAUGAUGUAACUGAUCUAAUCAGUGACUGGUAAUAGCAUUAGUAACAGAAGAUCCCAAGUUUUAGUUGCUUAAUUUGUACAUACUUUUAAAUCUUGUCUUAGCCUCAGCAAACACAUUUGGGGAAGAAGCAAGAUACUUUAAGAGAAAUGCAAAGAGGAAAUUUCUAAAACACAAGACAUAGUGAGGUUGUAGUUAGUCGUUUUUAGUAUAACAUUUUAGCAUUUGCCCAUCUAAAGCACAAUUAAAAUUAGGCUACAUUCUUUCCAGUAUUCUAUUUAAGUACCUACUACAUACUGCUCUAGUUUCUUAGUACUCUGCAAUGUGUAUCUUCAUUGCUACUGGUUGGCAUUGUAACUUAUAGGAAUUCCAGAAAAUUAUUAAUCUGUGCUGCUUGCAGGUCAUUCCUGUGGCCCUUCUUAACCAUGCUGGUGUUAUGAUUUAGUAUUAACUCUCGAUUAGCAUGCCCCUGUUCUUCCUAACUUGUAAAAUUUCACAUAUAUUUUCAAUUGUGUACAAAUUAAGGGUGUACAAAUUAUAAUAAUGCAUCUCUGUCUUCAUACUUUGAAUGGCAAAAGCUGUUUAUGCAUAAAUAUUUUCAUUUUAAGUAAUAUAUGAAGUGUAAAUACUCUUGAUAUAUAAGUAUAGAUUUUAAAGAUAUGGGACUUUAUUUUCACAUAAGUCAAUAGAUAUCUCUCUAGAACAAAAUAUUUCAUUUAGUAAAGCUUUAUAAAUUAUAUUAAAAGGAAGUAGGGAACAUGUAUUUUUAAACAUAGAACAGAAGUGACUUCAUUCUUUUUAGACAUCAGCAAUGUUGAAGUUGAUUCCUAAUAUUUGUUGUACUUUUUUGUAGCAAAUGUUAAAAAUCAUGAGUUACCAUGUAUAGAAUGUGGACUGUCAUGUUGAUAGAUUGUACAAUGAUAAGCCAUUUUUAUCUGUAUACAUUUUACCAAUUUAUUAACAGGUUGAAUAUUUGUUUCUUUUUAGAACAUUUUAUUUAUACUGUGAAGACUUUGUUGUACCUUAUUUGCUACAACAUAGAUCAUAUCAUUGCUACUUUGACUUAGCAUUUGCAUCAUAAACAUAAUUAUGACUUUUUUUCAGGCUCCCUUCCAGGGGCUGUCAGUCACUUGAAGAAAUUGUUGCUAACCAAGCUCUUGACUCUGUUUCCCUUAAUGAUACAAGUCUCUGUACCAGCGCUUUCUGUUAAUUACCAAAACUCUCCUGCAGUCAGAGCAUGAUAUCUAUAAUAGGAGACACUGCAAUAAAAUGAUUAGGCUGUAAAA